GCAGAUUGGUCCCUUCAUGUCACUGAACGCCGCCCACCUCUUACUUCUCACUUCAACUUCCCCAGUCCUUGCACACCGUAUACCUCGCGGCACCACCUCCCGCUCGCUCGUGCCAUCAGCAAAUUUGUAUGCAGUGUGCACCAUUCCGCCGUCCGAUGCGUCAUCAAGAGCCCACUGAAUUAUAGGUCUAUUCCGCCGGGCUGCGACUUAGGGUCAGGAUAUCACUCUUAGACCUCGGCACGGCUGCAAAGUCCUACGCAGCUCUCGUCUACCUUCA